UUCUUCUCGCCCGUCGCGCUCGCGUCUCUUACGCGCCAAAUCGAGCCCAGCUACGUAUCCUAUAACGAGCAUCCGCGGCCUCUCCCGUUAACCCACGACACCGCCUGCCGCGACAUUUCUACACCCCCACUUCGCGCUGGUUCGUCGGCAGUGCCCCUCACCUCCGCAUCUUCCUCCCAACAUCGAACAAACGCGUCGAGCUAUUUUUCUCGCCGACGCAUUCCUCCUUGCCUUGGAACGCCAACGCUAGACACGCCCCCUAGCUUCCCUGCCACGCGCCUCGCACCAUGGAGGACCAAUUAGUGCAGCUGCUGUCGGCAACACAAACGGCCCAGGAAGGCCCCCGCAAACAGGCCGAGCAGCAGCUGCAGAGCCUCUACACACACCAGGACUUCCCCAUUGCCCUCGUCGAGAUCGCCCGCCAUGACCGUGUCCCGCUCAACAUACGGCAGGCUGCCCUGCUGUACCUCAAGCAGGUCGUGCUUGCCGGCUGGAGCGACAGCCUCGAGGAGUUCAAGGGUACCUUCAUCAUCACCGACGACGUGAAGGCCAAGGUGCGACAGCUGCUGCUGGAGCUAGCGACCACAGACCAGCUCGAUCGCAAGCUCAAGUCGGCGGCCAGCCUGGUCGUAAGCAAGAUUGCGAGCUGCGAUUUCCCGGAGCAGUGGCCGGACCUCCUCGCGACGCUGCUUAAUCUUAUCCCAACGGCCACGGACGGCCAGCUACACGGCGCGCUCAAGGUGCUGGACGAGCUGGUUGAGGACAGCUUCAACGAGACGCAGUUCUUCGGCGUGGCAAAGCAGCUCAUCAAGGUCGUGCACGACAUCGCCGUUAGCGAUGCGCGAAAACCCACACUGCGCGCGUUGGCCUGCAGCGUCUUCCGAGGCACAUUCGAUAUCCUGGAGAUGGUGCUAGAGGACCACAAGGCCGAGAUCAAGGGCUUUGCCGACGAGGUGCUGCAAGAAUGGAUACCCUUCUUCACCAAUAUUAUGAAGUCGCGGCUGCCGGACCCACCUACAGAGCAAGAGGAGAAUGAGGAUGCGCCCAAUGCAGAGUCAUAUCGCGGCUUGGUUGCCCUGAAGCUGCAAGUCGUAAAGGUGCUGAUGCGCAUCCGAUCUGUGUUCCCCGCCGUCCUCUCACCAGAGACCCCAGUUCUCUUCUCUGCUACUUGGGAAGAGCUCGUAUCACUACAAAGGCCAUAUCACCAGAUGUACAUAAUAGAGGAGCGCCAGAGCAGGCUCGAGGAUACAGAUGGACUGCCAUACACACUAGACUUCCUCGUUUUGGAAGAGCUUGACUUCAUGCAGGCAUGUCUUCGAGCGCCGCCGGUCCGCGCCGAGCUCGAGAAGCAGCUUCAGCAGAGCACAGAUACAACUAAUACUUGGGUGUUCGAGGUUAUGAAGCUCGCAGUGGCUUAUGCACAAAUCACUACGGAGGAAGAGGGCCUAUGGAACUUCGACGUCAACAUCUUUUUGUCCGAAGAGACGAGCGUUACCGCUAACUACACAUCGCGGACGGCAUGUGGCGACUUGGUCAUCAAGCUCGGAGAAUGGCUCACUCAACCGACCCUACAAGGCUUGCUCGCAUAUUCUCGAACGUUGUACUCAUCGCAAGAAGGGUGGAAGGCAAAAGAAGCUGCGUUAUACGUUCUCAGCCAGGUCCUCAGUGACUUCCAAGAUGUGGACAAGACCAUCAGUCCGGAUGUUGCCACUGGCUUCAUUGAUUUCAUCAACUAUGCUAUACAACAAGAGGAUACAUUCCUUCGGGCGCGUGGCUACCUCGUAGCUGGAAGCCUCGUUAGGACAUCCGGAGACGCCUUGCUACAAUACGCGCCCACAUUUCUCGAAGCGUGCUUGAAAGCUAUACCCACCGAUGACUCUGACGUCGUUCAGGUCUCAUGCAUACGCUCUCUGCAAUACUAUCUGCAGGCUCUUCCACGGGAAACUACGCUCCCGCUGCAACAGAACAUCAUCUCCGCUAUCUCAAACUAUCUUCAAGCUCAAGAUCUGCAGGAGCUUGCUGACAGCGACGAUCUGAUGGUAACUCUGGUGGAGACUCUCCGCGAUGCGAUACUUCUCGACACGCGGAUAUGUGUCACCGGCAGUGGACUGGAUCUACUUUUUACUGUAGCCACUCACGGAGCUAACAACUUCCAAUUGACUAUCCUGGUCAACGAGACAUUCGAGGAUGUGACACAGGCAAUUGCUAGCAUGGGCGGAGAUGCCUACGUCCAGCUUUGCAAGAAGGUGCUGCCCUCCCUCACGGGAGCGUUCGACGUGGCCAACUUCACUGAAGAGAACGCUUUGAUGAACCUCGCCGCGGAUCUGUUGGCUCUCCUUGCUGAAUAUGGUCCUGAACCACUCCCCGCAGGCUUCGUACAAACCACCAUGCCGAAACUCGCCCGUUUACUGCUUCACUCGGAAGACGAAGAGCUGCUCAAGUCUGCCACCACUGCUGUGAAGAAUAUCAUCGCACACGACCAUCAGCAAUUGUUUGAGUGGCGAAAUGAAGAAAGCAAAGCUGGUCUGGAGGUGGUGCUCCAGAUCAUCGCACGGUUACUGUCGCCGACGGUCAACGACAAUGCCGCUGGAGAGGUCGGUGCUCUUGCUGCAGAGGUUGUUGAAAAAGCAGGUCAUGAGAGAUUGGGACCGUACCUACAGGAGCUUCUCCGAACCGUGGCUGCACGACUCGGGGCAGCGACACAAGCACAGUUCAUCCAGAGCCUGACGCUCGUGUUUGCGCGACUCAGUUUGAACCACGCGUCCGAGGUCGUGGAAUUCCUGGCGACACAGACUAUUGAUGGCCACAAUGGCUUACAAGUUGUACUCGCGAAGUGGCUGGAGAACUCGAUCAACUUCGCGGGAUACGAUGAGAUCAGGCAAAAUGUCAUCGCGCUUUCCAAACUAUACGACCUCAAGGACCCUCGUCUGUCCGCAGUUCAAGUAAAAGGUGACCUCAUCCCCAACGCGGACGGCCGCAUCAUGACCCGCAGCCGCGCCCGCCAAAGUAAGCCCACUCCAUUUCACCCUACUCGUUGUCUUUGUCCAAAGAAGUUUUUCGCAAACCUUCGUGAAUGGCAACGCAAUCGUUGCCGUGAUCGCUGGCCGCCCGCACCCUCUUUUGGUCUCUUAUUCGAUGCUCUUCUUCCUUUCUCAGCUGCUUUCGCCGAAUCCAUCAUACAACCAGAAUCAACAGACUUUCUGACCAACCCCUUCGCAGAUCCCGACCAGUGGACCAUCGUCCCAGCUACGCUCAAAAUUCUCAAAGUUCUCAUUGUAGAGCUACAAUCCGCGUCAGGCACAGGCCUCGAUCCACAAUCCGUCGCCGACCUCGCGGACGAAGGCUCCAACGACGACGACUGGGAGGACGAACCAAAUCCCUUUGUUGACCUCGGCAGUGGCUUUAGCAAGGAACAGCUGAUGGCGUACGCUGCCGAAGACGGGCCCGGCACGGGCAGGCAGAAGGACGACGAGACGCAGGCUUUCUUGGUGGACUUCUUCAAGAGAGCGGCGACGACGCAAGGAUUCGCGGAUGAGUUCCAGGCGCUGACGGAUGAGGAGCGUGUGAGGUUACAGGAGAGCGCUGCUUAGAGGCCGAGGUACGAUAAUUGGCCUGAAAUCGUGGGAACGGGAUGGACAGGUCAGUGGGUGUAGGAAGGGGAGCGCUGCUGGUUUGUUCUC